AUGAACAAAAAAAUGAGGGUGCUUAUGAAAUAUGGGAACAAGACUAAUGAGAGAGAGAGUUCUAGUGAAAAACCAUUUGUUUCCCUCACUAUGUGCAAUCCAAAAACCACACCCACCCUCACCCUCACCACCAUAUCUGCAACUGAUCACAAACCCUCACAACAACCAACAAAAACACAAGCCCACUUCCAUGUCGAUCUCUUAUCAUCCCUACCCACCACCCUAACCCACCCAGAAACCACCAAAAAACCCACAGACAACCCAACACAAUUUUCUCUCAUAACCCCCUCAGAGAUCAUUAAUGAAACCAAAGCUCUCUUCCACCUCUCCUUCCCCAUAGCACUCGCAGCCCUCAUCAUCUACUCUCGCUCUAUCCUCUCCAUGCUCUUCUUAGGCCACCUCGGCGACACAGAGCUCGCCGCUGGUUCUUUAGCCAUUGCCUUUGCCAACAUCACCGGAUAUUCAGUACUUUCCGGCCUAGCUUUAGGCAUGGAACCUCUCUGUUCACAAGCUUUUGGAGCUCAACGUCCAAAGCUUCUCUCUCUAACAAUGCAAAGAUCAGUCAUUUUUCUUCUCGUUUGUACAAUACCCAUCACAUUACUAUGGCUUAACAUUUCAAAAAUUCUUCUUUAUUUACACCAAGACCCCAUUAUCACCACCUUGGCUCACAGAUAUCUGAUCUUUUCCCUACCUGACCUAUUGACAAAUUCUUUUCUCCACCCAAUACGCAUUUACCUUCGCGCACAAGGCAUCACCCAGCCGGUGACUUUAGCAACGCUUGCCGGAACGAUGCUGCAAUUUCCGGUGAAUUACGUGUUCGUGUCUCGGCUCCAGUACGGUGUUGCUGGUGUCGCCGCCACUUCGGCGGCGUCGAAUUUGGUCGUUUUGUUGGCGCUUGUUUCGUAUGUGUGGGGAAGUGGACUACAAGCACAGACGACGUGGACGAAGCCGAGCCGGGAAUGCUUUACUGGCUGGACGCCGUUGGUUAAGCUGGCGGCACCGAGUUGUGUUUCUGUGUGUCUCGAAUGGUGGUGGUACGAGAUCAUGAUCGUUUUGUGUGGGCUCCUAGUGGACCCCAAGGCCACGGUGGCAUCAAUGGGCAUUUUGAUCCAAACAACGUCGUUGCUAUAUGUAUUUCCAUCGUCACUCGGGUUUGCUGUGUCAACUCGGGUGGGUAAUGAACUUGGGGCGAAUCGACCCAAUAAGGCUCGGGUCUCUGCUAUAGUGUCUAUAUGUAUUGCGGGCCUAAUGGGCUUAUCUGCCAUGGCUUUUGCAUCAUCAACGAGUAAUAUAUGGGCCCGGAUGUUUACGAAUGAUAGGGAGAUCCUGCGGUUGACAGCGACUGCUUUACCAAUCCUAGGGCUAUGCGAGCUUGGGAAUUGUCCUCAGACCGUCGGAUGUGGUGUUGUACGUGGGACCGCCCGGCCAGCCACCGCAGCUAACGUGAACCUCGGAGCAUUUUAUCUAGUGGGGAUGCCCGUGGCGAUCGGCCUUGGGUUUCAGCUAGGAGUUGGAUUUUGUGGGCUUUGGGUUGGGUUGCUUGCGGCCCAAGUUUGUUGUGCUGGGUUGAUGUUGUAUGUUGUUGGGAGCACUGAUUGGGAUUAUGAAGCUGCGAGAGCACAGCUGCUCACCUGCACAGAAUGUGGUGAGAUUACACUACCACCAGAUUGUGACAAAGAGAAGGAGCCGUUGAUUCGCAUAAUGGUGACGUAA